AGAGCAAGAAGAUGGCAUCAAGUUCAAAGCCAAAUGCAGUGUCAUUGCAAGACAAGUUACAAAUGGUAGAAAAUGAAGAGCAGGUUGUGCUUAAACACAUACAUGAUCUUAACAAAUGGACAGAUGCAAUAGAUGGAAUGAACGAAGAGCAGUUAAAGGAAUACCUUGAAAACAGACCUCAAGAACUCAAAAGUGUGAAGAUCAACAACAGCAACAACAAGCCUAAACAAAAGCAAAAAUCCAAGCUCCAAAAGUCUAAGCCUUCAACAUGCAGUGGAAUAAUGGCCGCUGUAUGGAAGUUCCACAAGGAAGAUAAUGAUGAAGAUGAUGUUAACAAAGGCAUACAACACACACUUCCAAGUAGCCAAGUAAAGUGA